AUGUCCUACAAACGAUCGCGGGCGACAUUUGAGGCCGACCUCCAUGCGCCUUACGCCAUCUUCGGCACCCCUUUGCCUGAGGACGGCGAACGCGACGAUGGCUCAUACCUUCCAUUGUGGAAGCAGGAGGUGAGGGAUGAUAAGGGCAGGCGGAGACUGCAUGGAGCCUUUACCGGUGGCUGGAGCGCAGGCUACUUUAACACGGUUGGAUCUAAGGAAGGAUGGACACCAUCUACUUUUGUGUCGAGCCGCUCGAAUCGCCGUAAAGAUGAAGCUGGCCAAUCCCAGCAGCGUGCCGAAGAUUAUAUGGAUGAGGAGGACCUUGCGGAUGCCGCGGAAGCGCAGACGCUCAAAACCACACAGGCGUUUGCCGGGCUGGGAUCGUCCACCCAGGAAGAACUCCGUGCCGGGGGCCUGAUGGGUCUCUUCAGAGCCGACGGAGAUACAAUGGGCCUAAAGCUGUUGCGAAGAAUGGGCUGGAAAGAUGGCCAGGGCAUUGGACCAAAAGUGCUACGAGGUGCACGCCUGGACCUCGGCGGGAAGUCUAACACGAUAGAUGGAAAAACCCAUCUCUUUGCACCUGACAAUACCGAGGUCCUGCGAUUUGUCCGCAAGACAGAUCGUAUGGGCUUGGGGCAUAAUGGCCAGGGCAAGCUUUUUUCAUUGCGCCGAGAAAGCAAAGCAGAUAGCGACAAGGAGGCCGAUUCUCGCGAUGGCGCGUUGUCGAUAUUAUCUCGAACAGAGACCAAGAAGAAGCCACAGCGAGGCGGCAUCGGAGUUGGCAUCCUCAACGACGACGGCUCUGACGACGAAGACCCUUACGAGAUUGGACCCAAGAUCAAAUACAAUCGUGUUGUUGGCGGCGACAAGAAGAAGAAAGGAAAGAAGCUAUCUGCAACAGCGAACCCGUCGCUUAAAAAUGCUCCAGUAUUCAUACCGAAAACUUCCAGAGUUGGCAGCAACCUGCGGAGAUGUCAAGACGGGCGGCUUCCUCUGGAUGGGUUUGUCUUGGCAAAUGCCAUGCAAGACUUAACCAUUACUCUAGCAAAAUAUGCACCACCGCCAGUUCCCCCGGGCUGGAUGUCAUCCAAGGCCACCAAUGUUGAAGAUCGAGCCAGUACAUUUGUUUCGGCCGCCGAGGCUGCCAAGUCGUCAACCCUCGAUGCAAAGUCUCGAGCCGCUAUCCUUGGAGAAGCUGCCCUCCCUGGAAAAUCUGUGUUUGACUACAUAUCUGCCGCUUCUAGAGAGAAGUUGGCCGCGGCCUCAGGAAGGGUAGAUUUGCCCCCUGGCCUCGGCGAGAUCCCUGAGAAGUUUGCAAUGUCAGAAGAAGAAAAGCAAACAAUGUUAUGGGAGCAAGUCCCCAAGCUCGAUCGUGAAACGGCAAUAGCGGCCAUUGCGAGGGGAUUGCGAGGACCGUACGCAGACGAUGAAACUAAGAGGGCUCGCUACAAACGCUACCUGGAACACCACACGAAUCCCAAACUGUCACUUCCGGAUAAACCUAGGGGAAUGUCGGAUGACGAGUUUCUUCGAGAAAUGACAGAAUUCCAUAAUUGCGCGAGGAUAUUCAAACCUAUGACUGGCUUCAUGGCAUCAAGAUUUACGACGGCUAAAACACCACAUAGCGUUUCUGCUGAGCCAACAAGAGAAAGGGAAUUAAUCUCUGUGCCCGAGCCAAAGAUAUCAGACCCGGCAGAAGAGGCUGCCAAGAUGGGCAUGUUUGGCAAAAUGACGAGAUCUGUGGAAGACUUUUACCCUACGCGACUACUCUGUAAGCGAUUCAACGUCAAACCGCCGUCACACGCCCGUCGAGACGACGAGCCCGAGGCCAGCAAAGCAACCCCAGGUCCGAGUGCGAGGCCGGCUUAUGGCAGUCCCAUGGAGGACGUACAGAUGCCCUUGCUCUCGGCAUCUCGAACUCGAGACGAAUCUCCUGUGGGCGUGGACACAACGGCUGCGAUAGCGGCAGGGGCGACGACACAAUCGGGCAAGCAGAGCCCCGUAAUGGAGAGCCAAGUGAAUCCAGACCGGAAUGAAGCCGUUGAAGGUAAGACGGCCAAUGCUGACGUCCUACGGGCGAUCUUUGGCGACAAUCGCGACGCCGCAGAGAACGAGAGUGCUGCCCACGAGGCCGAGCAGUCGCCGCCGCCACAGUACCCCAUCUCGGAGGCUUCGUCUUCCCGCCCUCCGCCGUUCUCGUCGCUCUUCUCGUCGGUCCAAGAUCAUCCCAGUGGUGAGGCCUUUGGGAAGUUUCCUGCCGUCGUUCCAGAAGGAAGUGCUUCUUCCGCAUCUGUCGCCGCGCCAGCUUACGGCUACGACUCUCACGCUCCCGAGCCCUUUGACCCUGAUCAGACUGCUGCGCGUGCCUUUCAAGGCCCCGUAGCCGAGACCAAGCGUGCGCUCCCCAGGGACACCAAGGGAGAGUCAAGUCGCAAGGACGACGACGCCGAACCGCCACCUGCAUACUCUGAGGGAGACAGUCCUCUCCACGCAUUCUCAUACGUAAUGGCGGCCGCAGGAGGAGCCUCGAGUAUCAUUACUCAGGUACAGCAGGGUGGACCACCUAUCAAUGCCAUCGGAGAUGUCGGCGCUGAUGAGACAAUUACCAUGGACCUACGGGGUACCAGAUUCGUCCUUUCGCGUGAUGAGCUACUCACUUUGCCCGAGUUUGUCCUGUUAUCUCUAUUUCCCAAUGGGUUAUUCCCAGAAGGCCACAUGAGCGGGUUUCCUGAUAGCGAUGCGGUGCAAGUUGACUAUGAUCCUGCAUCACUGCAGUACAUGCUGGACUUCUUCCGGACUGUUGCUCAGUCAAUCCCUACUGAAUCAUCGCCCGGCACGUCUCAAGAUGGUGAAAUUGUUCCCCUGGAUCCAAUGGGCUCCCGUGAAGACGCUUCAAAGAGGGCUGGCAUUAUCGUCCUAAGAGAGGAUCUUGACUUUUAUGCAAUCCCACCCAAGUCAGAUAUCAGCCAACCCGACAUGAUUGAAGUCAAGCGCGCAGCGGCACGUGCCCUGCUCAAGCAGGAUGGCAUCUUUUCUGGGCUAAAACGAAGCGAUGAACCCGGAACGACUGAAGCUCACCUGAUUGAGAUGCUGACGGCAGGUGGCUUUAACCACGAUGACUGCUGGGGCCACCGGGCUGGCGAACCUAACAAGGCCGUCAUCUGCAGCCUGGCACUCGCUCGAUUGCGUAGCGACAUUCGUGGUAACGAAAUGGGUAACAAUGCCGUCGGCAUGGCACAGAAGCUGCUGCUGUUCUGGCGAAAACCGGCCAGACGAUGCUGGUGGGAGGGCAUCGAGCUGGACAACGUCGAAGGCGUUGAGGGCAAGCUCAAAGUAUGGAUCAGGCGAGUGUGGACGUUGGAGAUGAGUGUGAUUGGACUCCGUUGA